CGCAUCUUCAUCAUGCGUCGCCUUUUGUUUUUUUAUUAGAGGACGCAUGACCGUCAUGCGUCUUAGGGAGAGACGCAUGAGGCUCAUGCGUCUCUAAUUUGCAUAAAUCAGAAGCGAGAGAGAUAGCAGACGCGAGAGAGAAAGAUACCAGACCCGAUUUCGGUGAUUUCUUAGAGAUUUCCCGUCAUAUUACGAUAAUAUGGAAAUUUCAAGUUCUAGCGGGCAGUUAUUAUAUGGACCUGAAGAUCCGUCAGUGCUAUAUCUUCAGAAAAAACAUAUUUCAAAUAAACUACUGAAAGAUGGCACAACACAAGUUUUCAAAGUUCGCCCGACGGAAAGUAAGACAUGGGAUGUCGACAUUCAUGAGAAUAUGAGGUAUUGGCUUGCGCCUUUGGUUUCAAAGGCGUGAUGGAUUGUGGGAAGUCGAUGAAGGUCGACAAUGAGCUGAUCACGGCUUUGAUUGAGCGUUGGAGGUCGGAGACGCACACUUUCCAUCUACCGAUCGGAGAGGCAACAGUGACCUUGGAAGAUGUGCAAGCCAUUUGGGGCUUGAGAGCGGACGGUCGCGUUUUCACAGGGCGUGACAAUCAUGUCAGAUAUCCUGAUUGGCCUAGCAAGUGCCGAGAUUUGUUGGGAUGGAUACCGGAUACAUCCAUAGAGACAAAGCAAGGCGGUUUGCUGAUGACCGCUUUGAUCAACCAGACGAAGAUACCUUUGGGUGAUGACCUGCCUACAUAUGUAUACAUCCAAAGGGCACGUAUCCAUGCCCUAAUUUUGUUAGGAGGUCUCAUUCUACCAGACACCACGGGGUGUAAGGUUCCUUUUAUGUGGUUGAAUGCAUAUGAGGAUCCGGACGAGGAGCAGACUAUUAGUUGGGGAAGUGCGGCUUUGUCCUACCUAUAUCAUUAUCUGUGCGAGGCUUCCAUGGAUAAGAGGAAAGAGUUGGGCGGGCCUAUGAUGCUUCUGCAGCUAUGGGCGUGGGAAAGAAUGUCCACAUUGAGGCCGUCAUUCAUAGGAGCACUCGUGCAUAAGCCAUAUACGCCAUGUGGCGCCAGGUGGAAAGGAACUACGCAAAUAGGAAGUGCUCCUAGAUAUUCGGUUGAGCAUUACCAUGAUCAAAUAUCCCUGAUUAGACCGGACCAUGUGAAUAUUAUUUUAAUGUUAACUUAAUUUAAGAAUUUAUUAUGAAGUUAGUUUAGCGUUUGCAUUGCUGGUUUAUAGUUUGUGU